CAGAAAGUAUAAUGGAUGUAUAUUAUACUCCCGUUGAUGGCAGUAAUGCAACAUAUUGUAUGCUAACCGCCUUUAAAUCCCAAAGAAGAAGAAGAAUCUCUCCGCUCCCUGUUAGUGUUUGGCAGCUAUGACAACGAAGUUUGAAAAUGGGUGGUUUGACACCUCAGAAGAAGAAGCUCUCCUCCUCUAAAAUGUCUCAGAAAGCUCUGAAAUGCACCGUGCGAAUUAAAAUCCAAGCUAUUACUUGUCCAGGGGUUGUGUUACCCAAUCAGGAAGACAUAUACCUGAGUGUCUGCGUCAUGGGACAGUUCAAGAAGACUCUCUGUCUGCCGCCUGCCUUCCCUCUUCUAUUCCAUGAGAACAUGGUAUUUGUGAAGACGUUCACAGGAGCUGCUGACCCAGGUCACAUUGUGGACCUCCUUGAAGCUGACACAACAUCCUUUGAACUGAUUCAGCUUGUGCCUCCAGAGGGGGAUAUUUUGGCCACUAUUGAAGAGAAGACCAGAGAAUUCCUCUAUCCAGGCCCCAAGCUGACACCUAGAGCCGAUGGUCCUGAGAGAGAGAUGCUGAUGAGGAGAUCUAUCUGUUUCCCUGGAAUCUCUCCUAAAGUGGAGUUUGCAACCAUGUCUGUCAUUGAGGAAUGUGAUUGGAAAGAUAGCCAGCCUCAGCCUGCUUCCCCUCCGUGUUGUAGACCAUCCCCAGCCAAACAGUCCCCAGCAAGGCGUAGACCAGUCAGAGGGGCUGUUGGGAGCCCUAGACAGACGCUGAAAGGGAAGGAUCUGAGUCUGAUUGGUCCAUCCAGUGGUUAUGAGCAGCCCACUGUGGCCUCCCAGGCUCGUGCUCUCUCUCCCUACACCCACCGCAGGAUGUGCCAACUGUCUGAGGAAGCCAGGCAGAGACUCAGCUACCUCCAACUUGGGCCCUACAAGUUCAAGAAGGAAACAGAGGCCCAGAUCCCCUUUGUGGUCACCAGUACUCGGAGUGUCUCCAUGAUUGAGACUCCUUCAUCUUGUCUCUCCUCUAAAAUAAGCCUUCCCCACAGCAGGUCCACCAGCUUUGCUCUAGACCCCUUAGGAGAUGUCUCUCUCCUUGGCAGCUAUAGACCAAAGCCUGUUAAAGUAGGCACUGGCUGUCUGAAGACUCAGAAAUCACCAGGGAAGUCUUCCAGACAGGACUGUUCCAGAACCACAGUCAGGAUGGCCCGGUCAGCCCUGGCUGCCCAGUCCUCUACCCCAGUGUGUGGCCCAAGGAGUCCCCUGCUCAGCCGCUCCUCCCUCAGAGAGCGGUUCCAUAGUAGUGAGUCCAGUCCGUCUAAGGAGAUCCACAGUCGAGUCCAGAAGAUUCUCCACACCCAUUCUACUGACAGGAAACUACACUUUGACGAGGAUGGGUGUUCGGCUAAGCGGGGGCCUCCGCUCUCCUGUGAAGACUCUUUAUGUGACAGCCAAGACAGGGACACUCCUGGAGAGACAUCUGUCCACCUGGACAAUGGGACAUUCUGGAGCAGGCAGGUUGCCUGCUACACAGGGAAACCCCACAGGGCUGUGUUUGAGGACAGUCUGGGACUCAUCUACAAGAACAUGUACAGGAGGGCCUUGAGCACCACCUGAGACCUACACUAUUAUUGCUUUAGACACCUGGCUGGGUUCCAAUUAUGACACUUGAUUGCUAAGAUGAAGGAACACUGACCCUGUGCUAUACCAUAACCAAAGCUUUGUCAUAUGUGCCCUGGUUACACUGAUUUUAGCUCAUUUAUAGGGUUACAUGUGUGCACUAUUUACAAUUUUCCAUAUUUUUGUACUAAGAAUGUUUAUCUAAACUGAUUUAAUGACUGUACUUCUUCAAAAUGUCUUUCCUGUCCAUCUUGUGGAUUUGGUGUACUCAUUCUCUGGGUAGAAACUGGUUGAGCAGAUGUUAAUUCAUUUACUCCUAACAAGUAUAUCAAUGGUGGCUAUGCAUGAAAUCUUGAUUUCCAUUGUUUAUGGCCAUUAAUGUAAAAAGGCCCAGUGCAGUCAAACAUGUUUCAUAUAUUGAACAAAAAUGCAACGUGUUGGUCCCAUGUUUCAUGAGCUGAAAUUAAAGAUCCCUGAAAUGUUC